AUGGUUCAAACUGUAAAGAACUUACUAUGCACGUCGGAAGCUGCAGGUGAAGACCCAUAUCUUGCGUUACUUACAUAUCGGACAACACCUGUAGACAGCAACUUACCGUCACCAGCCAGGCUACUAAAUCAACGAGAAUAUCGGACAUUAUUACCUUGUAGCGGAAGACUACAUGCAACGAUGUCAAACAACGCCAGCAAAUCAAGACCAGCUUCAGCUGCGCCAAGAUGUUCAGAAACGUCAGCAUGAUGUGAACUCUCCACGUGUGUUGUCUAAGCUGCUACCAGAGCAGAAAGUGGUGGUAUUCCAGCCUCGAAAGAAAACGUGGACUGCAGGAAAGGUCAUUGAACAAUCGAACAAGCCAAGAUCGUACGUGAUUAAGACAACGGAGGCUAAGUUCGACGUAACAGAAAACACCUAA